AUGUUGUGGUCACUGCCUUUGCUGGCCACUGUGGCUGUUGAAGCUGCUGCUCUUCCUCUGGAGAGCCACCCGGUUGAUGCCAGCGAUGCUGGAUCGCCAAAUGCUAACCACAUUUUCAAUGCGAUACAUUCCUCCAUGCGCCAGUGGGGCUCAUCUUUGAAUCACAAUGGCAUGUCUCUCUUUUUGGCUAAGGUACCAGCCGGAACACAAUUUUACCACGGAACAAGCCAGCAAGAACCCAUAACAGGAAUGGAAUGGCUGGCAUUCGAGCCCGAACAUGCAAUCAAUUUUGCAAGGAAGAUGGGUGGACCGCGAGGAGGAGGAGGAGGAGGAGGUGGCCCUCCCGAGGACGAUGACGAUCAUCGUGGACCUCCUGGCGGACCCGGUGGCCCAUGCCGGUCUGAUCCUGGUUGGCUACAUACAUACAAAACCAAAGACGACCUUCCUCUCAUUUACCUCGACGGUAUGUCAGCAGGCAAAACAGAAAAGGGCACUCUCGACUCUCAAGAUGUCUUGCUCCUCAACUUCAGCGACACGGAGCGUGGCCACAUGUUUGGAGAGUUUCAGCGAGCAGAAGGCCUCUGCAAAAUGGCCAAAGACACCUGGGGAGACAAGAUCAGAGGCUUCAUCCGGAUGGAAGCAGGUUUCGAGAUCAUCUUGUGUUCCUUCAAGGAAGAUCUGGAUUUCCUUUCUGCAGUCCGGGCUGGUUCCAUUGCUCCGAUUGGAGAGAAACCCGAUCCCAUUGACGGCGACGGGAGAGGUGGAUUGGACUGGCUCAAAGCCAUUACUGCACGGUACGACGGCAUCGGUGGUGGUAGGGUAAAGGUGAACUAUGACAACUUCUUCACCGGUUACAGCUAUGAUCUCGACUUGUUCAGAGGUAGCAGCAACUUCCCAAGGUUCGAAAACUUGUCGGACUCGUCACUGGUCAAGAUCCGCAGUGACGUCGACGCUCUAGUGGAUUCUUGGGACCUUUCCGAGCCAUUCUCCGUUGACUGGCAAGGGGUCACCGAUAUGAUAGUCGAGCGGUAUGCGAGGGAACUUAAAUAUCUGGUUUCCGACACGCUCUCGGCUCCCGGGGACUUCUUUCACGAACUGGAAGAACUUCUGCGUGUUUUCAUCGAUUCUGAUGCACGUAAUACGACUGCGGACACGGAGCGAUGCGCCGCACAAUUCAUUCCUGCUGCUGCCGACAUCUCCAGCUCCGUUGCAGGUCGGGCUAUUGCGUCUAUCAGCGACAAGAUCUGUUCCACUCUCUUCACUGCCUUUGAUUACGACAUCCCUGUGGCGAAAUCUGUCAAGGAACUGGAAUCGCUGAUUGACUAUCUCAACUGGACCACGUGGAAGAAGUGCAGUGAAUGUCCUUUGGACAAGGUUUGCUUCAUACCUAUCUGGCCGUUCGGUUCAAAGGAUGACUAUGAUCAUCCCCAAUGUCGCAAUGGGACUGAGCUGAGAGGCAGAAGCGGAUACUGGGGUGGUCACUUUGGUCCUCCUGGGAAUGGACGCGAUAGAAAUGGUCCUCCACAUGAUGGGGAUGGACCUCCAAAGGACGGAAACAGGCCACCCUUUUGA